AUGUUACCUUUUCUCUUAUCGCACGGUCCUCGGUCGCGCACGCCAAAGGACUUGUUCGAUGACAACGACGUUGUCAUCGGCAACCUGCUCUGCGAGAAGAAUCGCCUACACAAAGCCUACGUAGACUACCCCGUUGACGACAACAGAGCUGUUUUCUACCGCAGUCGUCGCCUCCUGCAACAGCGGCUGCGCGAGAUGCAGGACGCCUGGACGGCUCGUAAGGCUGAGGAAAUCAAAGGGUAUGCAGACCUCAACGAAUGGAAGAACUUCUUCUCCACGAUCAAAGCUGUCUACGUCCCGCCAGCCAAAGGUACCACGCCUAUUCCCAGUGCCGAAAGAAAUACCCAACUCACUGAGAUGGCACGCAUUCUACAGCGAUGGCCGGACACUCCAGAGGCGUCCUCAACCGUCACUGCAUCAUCACCGAUACCGCCAUCACACGUGUGCCUCAAGUGGAGGAAAAUAUGGCUGCGGAACAAUCAGAGUGUCUUGAUUCUUGAUAGCUUCGUUCCUCAUCUGUCAUCUAUGCAUCCCCCGUAA